CGACGGAUGCUGCGGCAGUGAAGUUCACCGCGCGUGCGCAUUCUCGCUCCUCUUUUUCUUGGAAGCACCCCUGACGCAGCACACCAUGGCAGAUGAUGACAUCGACUUCCAGACCGUGGAGUCUGGCGCCUCCUCCACUUACCCCAUGCAGUGCUCUGCUCUGCGCAAGAACGGCCACGUUGUGCUGAAGGGACGUCCUUGCAAAAUCGUGGAGAUGUCAACCUCCAAGACCGGCAAGCAUGGACAUGCUAAGGUUAACAUGGUUGGUAUCGACAUCUUCACCAACAAGAAAUAUGAAGACAUGUGCCCCUCCACCCACAACAUGGAUGUUCCAGCCAUCAAAAGAUUAGACUACCAGCUGAUCAACAUCGAUAACAGCUACAUGUCUUUGUUGGCGGACAACGGCGAUGUCAGAGAGGACCUGCGUGUCCCUGAAAAUGACAUCGGUAAAGAAAUCGAGGCCAAGUUCAGCGCCGGUGAGGAUUUUGCGGUCACCGUGCUCUCUGCCAUGGGCGAGGAGUGCGCUGUCGCCACCAAGGUUCUGCCCAAAUAAAGUCGACAGACGUUGCUGCCCAGGGCAACACACCCCACCCACAACCCAGUCUCUUGCAUUCUCAUUGGUUCCUGUCACCAAAGCGUUGGCCAACGUCAAUCAUUGUGUUGUAAUUUCUCUCUCUAACAACAAUAAUAAUAAUAAUAAUCAUUGAUGUUGUUUUUUUGUUUCUUCUUCCCGCUGCAGUUAGGACUGCGCUGUCCUUCUGCCUCAUCACUCAAGUUUCUGUUGACAACAGUCGACUUUAUAUAAAAAAACUUGGAAAAAAAAGUUUCUCAUCAGUCGCUCAUUCCUGCUCAUUCACGUCCUUUUGCCUUCAAAGUGUCACAUUCCUGAAUGUUGGAAUAACAACGGGAGUUGUUGGCUUUUGUAUGAUUAUUUUUUUAUAUUCUUUAGAUUGAAAAUAGCAGGUCUAAAAACCUUUUAGAGGGAGGGGCUUUGGAGGGGGGGGCGGGCGGGCGUCGACCCUGUAGAUAGUUAAGCCUGGUUUUAGAUCGUCCCACUGGCAGCCAUUUUGCUUCCCCAGCCUUCGCUCUAGUUCUUCGGCGAUGGCGAGCGUUUACAAGCACUUGAGGUUCAAACCCCGAUCACGUCCCACCACACACCCCAGUCUGAACAGGAACAAGCUUCAUUUUCUUUGUCCCUCCCCUUCAGUCUUUGCUCUGUAGAAAGUUGGAGGUUUGUCCCCAACCUUUGACCUCCUCCUCGCCUCCCACAACUACUUAAAGAAAGUUGUAUUUAGUAGUGAGUCAUGAGUGUGAGAUGGCGUAGGCGGUGUGCAGUGAGCGCUUGUUGAGGGACUCUAUUGGGUUCAGGGAGAGGGUGGUUAUAAAACAAAGAGUUGCAAAGUAUUUUUCUUUGGUUUUCUGUUUUUGUUUACUCGAGGCCUUUGUCACCUGACUGGAGAUGACAAAAUAAAAAUGAUUAAACAAAAUGGAGAAAAAACCCCUGCAAA